AUGCCUCCCAAGCGCAGAGUUCGUGGCGAGGACGAUGACAUGCCCGCCAUAUCACGGGGCGGUGCCGCAGUCACCUCUAGCCUGCCUCCCUUGGCUUCGCGAUUAGACACGUCGUACGGAUCUGCGCCCUCGACUGCUUUGCGCAAUACUCGACGAGGCCAGAGACGUGAUUUGCAGGCCAUCAUCAAGGAAACACUCCACGACAGCGACGACCCUGAUGACCCAGAUGACGACGAUGACGACGGCCAUGAUGACGAUCAAGACGGCCAUGACGGCCGUAAUGAGCGCAGCAGGAGCGCCAAAACUGACCACCUGCCGCUCAAGAAAUCGCCCACUCCUAAACCAGAACCUCGACCCAGACCUGCUCGCAAAGUUCAACCUGCUCCCAGUCCUGAUCCGGACCCGGAUCCCGAUUCCGAGCCUGAUUUCGGCCCCGGGCGGGAUUCAUCCGAGUCGCCCGAACCGCCAAGAGACCCGUCACCAGACCCGCCCAUUGCUCAGAGAUCAUUGAGACAACGCCUGCUCCCUGGCAGAAUCGGUAAGUACAGCCUGAGACGGUCCGCCACCUCCCUCACCGUCGUCUCACUUCUCUUGCUGAACCCUACCCCAGGUCCAUCGGGCGAAUAUCACCAAGGCGCGACUUCUCCUCGUCGGCAAGUUUUGCCCAAUGUUGCUCCCCCUCGAGGCCCGAGUCCACCGCCCCAACAGCCUUCGACACAAGGCGUGGCCUCCAAAGGCCUUGCACCACCAGCUCCCACCAGUCGAGGUCUGUCUCCAUCCAAAGGCAACACCUUGGCUCCCAGCUCGCGGUCUGUAUUUGCGCGCGCCAUUUCCGAACAGUCUGCGGAACCAACGCACGCGCUCGAUUCAAUUCGCAGUUUUGGACAGGAGAGUUCCCUCUAUGGGGGGGCUGCUAUCGAGUCAACUCCAUCUCGUCUUUCCCUCUCGCCCGAGGAGUCGGAAGAAGAAGAACCGCCCUUGCUACCGAGGCCGCCACGUAGUAACCACCCCGACCAGUUUCGGGGAACAGUACGAGACCCAAUCGGUGAGGUUGUUCAUCGGCCUGAACCGCUAGACUCGCCUCGAGACAAACCAGCCCGCCAAUUACAACCGGAACCACCCAGCACACCUCCUGCGCAACGUUUCCGACUUCAGAGUGAGUCUCGUCCCCGCGAAUCCCUGGAUCGGUCUAUUGCACGCUUUUCCGUCACUCGAGAUUCGCCUCGCACCAACACCGUGUCGCGCGCACUUUCGGCAGAGCCCGCUCCAAGUUCGCCUGCGACCAGGUCAAGCUCAAUGCGCCCAUCAAGUCGGGCGGCCGAUCACUUGCCCACUACGAACCGUUUCUCAACUCGCCUGACAAACCAUGUUGCUGAGGAAGCGCCUACUGUCAGACAAGAAUUGAAAGGCCCAUCGAACCAUGCCAUCGAAGAGCCGUUCCAUCUUGACCACGUAUCUCGAUCUCAACUCUCACCCCGCCGACCACCGCAACAGGCCAGCCCCAGCCCAGACCGUCGAAAUGUGUGGCCGCCUGCCGUCAACGAGAAACCGGGAGCAGCCCGACGUUUGUUCGACUACCCACCGCCUGGCAACACUUUUGCUCCACGUCCCGGCAGAAUGGGAGGUCGCUCGGCAGGACCCUCCACAGCCAAACAGCCCAUCGAAGAUAGGGAUGGCCGCUCAGCCAUUGGGCCAAGCAGAUCGGGCUUGUUCGACUCCAGCAUGCAAGAAAAGAUUCGGCAAGAGCGGGAGCACGAGAAGGCUCAACAGCAUGCUCUCCGGAAAGAGCGAAACGCUCGUUUGAAAGCGUGGCCGCGCAUCUACAACACGGUGUACAGCUGGACACAUGCUCCACGCCCGGACAGCCCGCCUCCAAGAGACGAAGAUCCUUAUGAUUAUGACAGCCCCAUCGAACCUCCGCAACAGGUUCCUUGGAGCGAGUCCUCCUGGUCAACCUGGAUUUUGUUCAAGCUUGCCGACACGUUUGUGGAUGUUCUCAAUUUCCUCUUUUCGCCGCAUUCUUGGCAUAUCAAGGCUUUGAUCGGCAUCUUGCUGGUCUCUCUGCUUGGCUGGGGCGCUAUGACCGGCCUCAACUCGGCCCCGGCCCUGGGACCGGGCGGCAUUCAGUGGUACGGCCUAUCAGACAUAUCUCACAAUCUUGGGCAGUUCGUACCCCUGUGGAUGUCUCGACCAACUACCGUGUUCAGUGACGAAGACACGAGAGAGUACAUACAACAGCAACGCAACCACGAAUACGAACUUUCCAAUUUGGCCAAGGCCAGCAAGCUUCACGAAGGCUCAUUGUCCCGACUGGAGGAGAUUGUGCCCAAAGUUGUCCACAUGACGCUGGACAAGCGUGGGCGACCUGUCGUAGGAGAUGAUUUCUGGCAUGCCUUGCGCGACCUGAUGAAGAGCGACACGGAGAUAUUGACCAUGGACAGAGGAAGUGGCGGAUACUACUUCAUUUCCGAAGAGCACUGGCGGGCCACCAGAGACAGGUCCCUGAAGGACCCCGUGUACCAGACCGGGAUUGAGAAGAUUGCUCAGACCAAGUUCGACAAGUCUUGGGAGAAAUGGCUCAAGACGAAUGACAAGAAGGUAGCCAAGAUUCUCGAACCGGCCCUGGCGGCAUCCGUCCCAGAUAAGACAGGGAAGGAUCUGGAGUCCAAGAUUGAGAAAAUCGUCAAGGACCGGUUCAAGAACACGGACGCCAAGGACGUCGUCGUCACACGCAACGAGUUCAUCCGCCAUCUCAAAGGGGAAUUCGCUGCCCACCGUAACGAGGUGAAGGCCGAAGCCCAGGAGUUGCAGAAGAAGCUGGAGCACUAUGUCAACAACGCCAUCAAAUCCGCCUCGGAGCAGACCCCGCCCGCGGGUGUUUCCCGUGCCGAGAUGGCCCAUGUCGUUGACGGCAUGAUACGCCAGGCCAUCGCAAAUGCCGGCCUAGAGGCCCUUGCUCAGGGCAAGAUCGGGGCCACGUGGGACCGAGAACUUCGGCAUCAAGUCAACUUCCUCGGCCGUAACACCGGCGUGGGCAUUGACCCCGACCAAACCACACCUGACUACAACCCUCCCGUCCAGGGUAAGAUUUGGAGCCCUACCUGGUUCGGCGGAACUAAGCGAGCACCGAAGGCUCCCACCACGCCUGCGUCUGCUACACUGUGGAACUGGGAGGACGAAGGCGAUUGCUGGUGCGGCAGCGUGACUGUGGACAAGACUAGCGGACAUGAGCUCGGCGUCAGUGUCAGCUACCUCCUCGCCCACUACAUCAUUCCACAGCACGUCGUUGUCGAGCACAUCCUGCCCGGCGCCACGCUGGACCCCAACGCCAGGCCCAAGCAGAUUGAAGUGUUGGCCUAUUUCACAGAGCUCAACACCCGCAAUCGCGUCAUGGACUUUUCGACCGCUCAUUUUCCCGACGGCCAGAAGGUUCCCAGGGAUGGCUGGGUUCAGAUCGGCGCCUUCACGUACGAGAGCAGCGACGCGCUCAACGGGGUGUACGUCCACAAGCUCAGCCCCGAAUUGGUGUCCAUAGGAGCCGUCACGGAUCAGGUUAUCCUCCGAGCGGUCAGCAACUACGGCUCUGACCACACUUGCCUGUACAGGGUGCGUCUGUACGGUGAGAAGGCUUGA